AUGGUUUCCGGGUUGAUUGCAUUCCCGAGUUCGGAGCCGUUCCAUGCACCUGCCCAGACUUUGUUCACAUCUUUGGGUGAAUCUGAUUCCUUACAGGUGUCCAUUCUCUCAAAAGCUAGAGCCGGACAACCACCUCAUCUCAUCGUGGACUUGCACAUAGAUGACGCCACGGAGAUCGGUAUGUGGAUGAAGGCUCUGCAAAGUGUGCUGAAAGGCAUGGAGGCGACACAAGACGAGAACCAAGGAGGCGAUCGCUUGAGUCCUGUGGGAUCGCAGAAGCAACCCACAUCGACAUUGCCCUCGGCAAGGUCUCAGGCAUCUUCCGAGGUGGAGGAAGAAUGUGUUUUGCUUCGAGCAAAAAGCCAGAAACUGCAGCAGCGAAUCGCCGGCCUUGAGGCGAUCAGUGGGCGCCGUGAGAAGCAAAUGAAGAAGCUCCUGAAGCGCUUGGACGGCGCCAUGCAGAUGUUGGAUGCCUUGCAGGACAUGUGCGGCCAACAACGGAAG